AUGAUGCUCCUUCCGGUGUUUGAGCGCUUCGCCGAGUUCGGCUGGCAGCCGUUCGUGGAGCCUGCUGAGACCUUCGAGUUCUUCUCUGUAUCGGGUGUCUUCCGUCGCGCCAAUGUGGACGCUUCGCUGCAUGGAGGGCACUCUGGCGCCCAGCAUCUCAUACAGCGCAGCGCUCUCUUCGACGUCUGCCUAAAGAGCGGCCUGACACACCUCGUGGUGUCCUAUAUCCGGGCCGAGGAGGCACAAUCACAGCCCGAAGGCGCCUUUGCUGGUGUCAAGAACUACGUGCUGAAGGAGCCAAUCGCAGUGCAGCAAUGGGCGCGUCGUCGUCUUGAGGCCAUCGAGCAGGGUGUUAACGAGAUGAUCAGUGAGCAGCAGUACAGCGGCCGCGAGUCACCACGCGAUGCCCAACUAGAAGCUGUGGAGGAAGAACUGCGGCAGCUAAAUGGUUUGCGUAUGAUCUUGAUUGCACUAACGGAGAGGCUUAAAGAAGGCUCUCGUCAGGCUGCAUAUAGCUCCAACGGAGUCGAUGCUGACGGCAACGGACUGAAUGAUACGGAACUCAUGCGACUAACUACUGCAGGCAUCCAGAACUUGCUGCAAUUGCUCGCUCGUACACAGAGCGUCACAUGCGCUUGCAACUGCAUGCUGUGGCUUAACGAGAACGAAAUUACAGCGGACAGCGAGAUGUACAACGCGUUUUACAGCCAAGCGAGGUCACUGCGCGUCACGUACCGCGAACAAUUUGAGGAAAUUUACGGGAAUAAGCUAUCAUCUGUGGGCGGAUUAAAGGAACCAAUGCUGUUGAUUGAGCACGUGAUGAAGAGCGCGAAUAUCUCGCUGGAAAAUCUUGGAGGAAGCUGUCCACCUACCCAACUGGGACAGCUGCUGGAGCUGCUGCGAACGCCGACAAUCCAGAAAGAUGUGGUUCAGUUUUACGGCGACGAAGUGGAUCGCGAGCCUAUUGAAGGAUAUUUUCGAGUACAGGUGGCAUUGCUGCUGUAUUUCUGCCUCGAUAGAGCCUAUCUGAGUGUGUGGAAGCAGCAUACACAAAGCGGUGCUCGAAUUGCGAACAAAAUGCGCUCAUUGGCUGAUUCUCUUGCAGCUCAGUUGAAUGUGCGUGAUGAUAUGAAGUUGACGUUGCUGGCUCUAUGGCUGGUGGAGAACGCAGUUGUAGUAAAGACUUCGGGGGACGACCAGGUGGCCGCCAUUUACGAACAUGCUAUUGGUCUUUUGCAGCAAUCGAGCGCGAUGCAUUUACACCAGAAAUACGACCUGGAAGCCGAUCUGAUUCUUCAUUUGCUCGAGACGUUGGUCCAUCGAGGUGAGAGUCUCGUGGCGUGGAAAGUGUGGAACACGUUUGGAGUCGAGUUAGAGCAAUCUCCGCCAGCAGCGACGGAGUUGGUUGUUGUUAUUUCAUUGGAGUUGGAUCUGUGGGAACGUGCGUUAUCGCUGAUCCGCAGUCAAAAGCGCUCGGAUCUGCUGGACUUGUUGUUCAACUGGUUGAUGAAGAGCCAUCGGCUAAAGGAACUGGUUCAGGGAGUGACGCUGUUGCCUUCGGAGGAGAAGCUCUUCCAUACUUACAUGAUGGAGAGUAAUAUCGUAGAGGACGAGGAUGUUCUUCGAGACGAGAGCAUCAAGCGCGUAGACUUCCUCGUGAUGUACUAUAUUCUCAGAAAUAAGUAUGAGCAGGCCUGGGAUGUUCAUCACGAACACUUGGCGCUGAUUCGAGCUAUGUCUCGUGGUGAUACUGAGAUCGCGAUGGCUGCGUUGAACCAACCAAGCUUGCGUAUCCGAGCGUCGUUGCUGUCAAACAUGUGCGCUGAGCCUCCCGCGAAGUCAUACCCGCACAAAAGUAGGAAUGUGCGAUCGGGAGAUCCACAUCGUCACGCCAAGCCGGCUGUGUUGGAGAAUGAGGAGAUGGAGGAUGCAUCGGAUCACGAAACACCAACAUCCCCUGCUCCUACACAAGACAAACCAAGUACCACAGAUAUCCACAGUGAGGAGAAAGAGAUGGCUUCGACCGCGAGCGCCUUCGUCUCGGCUCAGACGGAGCAUUUGACACACUUCCAGGAAAUGGCAGAGGCUGGCGAGUUCGACUACUCGCCAGGCAUCUUCUCGACUCGACAAGGGUCUAGUGUUACAACGCGAUCUGUUGAGUCGCCUGCGCCGCUUGUAGCUGACGUGAAGACUCCGACACCAACGAAAGGCAAAGGGAAGGGAAAAGCUAGCGCUACAGACAUUAGUAUCGGGUCCAUCGACUCGAGCCCAGACUCUUCCCUGCACGCGCUCACCCGGCCGAACCCUGUCGAGACAUCUACUACAUCCCGCGGUAUUGCUCGCCAAGCCCUUAAUUUUGGAUCGUCUCCAGCUAAGCCUUCCAGCGCACCUUCUACCCCGUUGCAGCCUCUGGUGUCCCCGCUUGGCGAUCGCCGUCCGCUUGGCACGCCGCCAGUUCGGUCCAAGAUCAACCCUACCUUCGCUGCCACCUCUUUAACUCCCCCGAAAGCUGCAGGCUCGCCGGACGACUUCUCGUUGAAGCCCCACAAUACUGAAAGUAUGACGGACGAUAGCUCUCCAGUUGAAUCCCAGGAACCGGAAGCUUCAACAACUACUAGCUCUGAGAACCGAGCCGUGCAGCAGGCAACGACGCCGCCCCCUGAAAGUACCGACAACUCUGCCGUGCUGGAGACUCCGAAGCGGUAUCAAUUUGUGCGCGAACCCUUGACCGAUUCGCGUCUUGAAGUAGCACACUCAGAUUCAGACCAUCCGAUGUCACCGGCGACGGAGGAACUGGAAGAAGGCAUGGAGCUGGAGCGUAUUGACGAAGAGUUUAGCACACCGAUCUCCCGUUCAAGAGAACGACGGAAGGAACCUGCCAGCGUUCCAGUGCGUCGCAAUCCUCGACGAUCGGCGCGUCACGUGUACUAA